AUGGAUCAUUUCUUUUUUAAAAGAAAGAGGAAUAAUGAAGCGAAAUAUGCAGAAGCAUGUUCAAGUUCUACUGCUGGAUCUGGAAGUGUGAAUAGUGACAAUAUUGAGAAUAACAUUGACUCUAAUCUGCAAACAUCAACUUCGUUUGAGCCACAUUUCCAAAAGAAAAAAGUAGCUGCAGUGCGUUAUAAUGAAGAUUAUUUUAAAUACGGUUUUAUCAAAUGUGAAAAACCCUUUGAAAAUGACAGGCCUCAGUGUGUUAUUUGUAAUAAGAUUCUUGCAAAUGAAAGCUUAAAACCUUCAAAAUUAAAAAGGCACUUAGAAACACAGCAUGCUGAACUUAUUGAUAAGCCUCUUGAAUAUUUUCAAAGAAAUAAAAUAGAGGUAAAGUCAUCAACACAAUUUCUUAGCUGCUCUACUACUGUUAGUGAGAAAACCUUAUUAUCAUCAUAUUUAGUUGCAUAUCAUGUGGCAAAAGAGAAAAUGGCUCACACAGCUGCUGAAAAAAUUAUUCUUCCAGCAUGUUUGGAUAUGCGUACAAUUUUUGAUGAUAAAUCUGCUGAGAAAUUAAAAAUUAUUCCUAGUGAUAACACAAUAUCUCUUCGAAUUUGUACGAUUGCCGAACAGUUAGAGGCAAUGCUUAUUACUCGGUUACAGUCGGGAACAGAUUUUGCAAUCCAGCUUGAUGAAAGCACGGAUACUGGAAGCCACACAGCACUUUUAGCCUAUGUCAGAUAUGCGUGGCAAGGUGAUUUUAUGGAGGAUUUUUUGUGUUGUUUAAACUUAACCUCACACCUAAGUGGAUUAGAUAUUUUCACAGAAUUAGAAAAGUGCAUUGUUGGUCAGUAUAAAUUAAACUGGAAAAACUGCAAAGGAAUUAAAAGUGACGGAACAGCAAACAUAACUGGAACAGCAAUUUAAAAAUUGCUAGAAGUUACUAGUGCUGCAUGGAAUCAUUGUUUUAUACAUCGUGCAGCGUUAGCAUCCAGAGAGAUUCCACGGAAGCUCAUGGAAGUAUUGAAAAAGGCAGUGAAAGUUCUUAAUUUUAUUAAAGGAAGCUCACUAAAUAGCCGACUUUUUGAAACAUUUUGUUCAGAAAUUGGAGCUAAUUAUACCCACUCACUGUAUCAUACCAAAGUUCGUUGGUUGUCUCAAGGGAAAAUACUAAGCAGGGUUUAUGAACUCAGGAAUGAGAUCCACGUUUUUCUCAUUGAAAAGAAAUCUCAUUGUUUUGAGGAUGAUAUUUGGGUAACGAAACUGGCAUAUUUAACUGAUAUUUUUGGCAUCCUUAAUGAACUAAGUUUAAAACUACAGGGGGAAAACAGUGACAUAUUCCAACAGGCCGAACAUACCCAAGGAUUCCAAAAGACAUUAUUGUGGCAAGCAAGUCUUAAAAGCAACUGUCCUAGCUACUACAUGUUUCCAAUGUUUUUGCAGCACAUUGAAGAGAAUGUUAUCAAUGAAAACAUUUGGGAAGAAAUAAAACUAGAGAUAUUGUUGCAUCUCACUUCUCUCUGUCAAACCUUUAACCAUUUAUCCCAGGAAGAGAAAUUUGAAACAUUAAGACAAAAUUGUUGGGUAAAAGAUCCAUUUGCUUUUCGAAACCCAGAAGCAAUAAUUGAGUUAAACUUGGUGCCUGAAGAAGAAAAUGAAUUACUGCAGCUCAGUUCUUCAUAUACAUUGAAGAAUGAUUAUGAAACAUUAAGUUUAUCAGCAUUUUGGAUUAAGAUAAAGGAAGACUUUCCUUUUAUAAGUCGAAAGAGUAUCCUGCUAUUAUUACCAUUCACAACGACUAGUUUGUGUGAACUAGGGUUUUCAGUCUUAACCCAGUUAAAAGCAAAGGAAAGGAAUGGAUUAAAUGGUGCAGCAGAUAUACGAGUAGCAUUAUCCUCCUGUGUUCCAGACUGGAAUGAACUUAUGAACAGGCAAGCACACCUACCACGUUAA